GCUGCCCGAGCCGCUCGUCACGGACCCGCCAUGGAGCCGCCGCUGCGCCGCGUGCUGCUGCUCGGAGAGGGCAACUUCUCCUUCUCCGCGGCGCUGUGCGGGACUCAGGGCACGCACGUGGUGGCCACUUGCUACGAGAGCGAGGAGGAGGCGGCCGGGAGAGGGGGAGCGGCGCGGAGCAUCCGCCGGCUGCGGGACAGCGGAGCCGAGGUUGUGUUCUCGGUGGACUGCACCAGGCUGAAGGAGCACUUCUUACCGGGAGAACGGGAAUUCCAUCGCAUUUAUUUCAACUUCCCUCACUGUGGGAGGAAGGCCGGGGUGAGGAAGAACAGGCAGCUCCUUGCUGGCUUUUUCCAUAGCUGCACAGAAGUGCUGGCACAGGAGGGGGAAAUCCACGUGGCCCUGUGCAAUGGGCAGGGGGGGACUCCUGCGGACCAGCCCAGGAGGGAGUGGCACAACAGCUGGCAAAUCGUAGCUGUGGCUGCAGCAGCUGGCUUCAUCCUCAGCGAUGUUCAACCUUUCAAAGCAGAGACUAUCGAGGGGUACACGUGCACAGGUUACAGGAGUCAGGAUAAAUCCUUCUGUGUAGAGGGUGCUUUGAACCACGUUUUCACACGGAGCACAGCCCCCCUGUGUUCCACACCCCUGAGCUGCAGGACACAACUGGGAAGCCAAAAUGUUUCUUUUCAAGUGCCACAAGUCCUCGUGGAUAAAAUUAACAGGGGUUUCCUCGAAGCGAAUUCACGUCAUCCAGUAAGGACAAUAAAGGAGAAGCUCAGUGCAGAGCUCAGCCAAGCUUUUCCACUGCACAACAUCAGCUCCUGCCUUCCUCUGCUGCACCAAGGUCACCCCCAGGGUGUUUGCCACUCCAACCUCUUCUGGGUCUCUCUGAGCCCAGGGGAGGCUCCAAGCACUGAGGAAAUCUCUCAGGAACUGGAAAACACAGUUUUGUUUUCCCAUUUUGGCCAGGACACCGAUAAGAAUGUACAAGAAGGAUCCCCAGUUCCAAAGCAGUUUUAUCUUAGGCCAUCCCUCCUGCCUCAUGCUCGGGCAAUAAUAAAAAAAAGAGAUUUUCCCCCAGGGACAGUGCAGGUUCUUUCUGGGCCAGUUUUCAGGAAAUGUCGGAUCAGUCCCCACUCCAUGCCUGUUUUCCAUGAGAUGCUCGUUGUGCUGGCAGUUAGCAGGGGCACAGAGAGCAGCUGCAUCCAGAUGUUGGUGGACAGCAUUCAAACCACCACGAAUUCUCUUCACCAGGGCGUCAAACCCAGCAUCAGCCUGCAGGAAGCAACAAGGCUGGGGGCUGAGCUCAAUGACUUUGCUGCUUUUGAACGGCAGCUUGGUGAAAUUCAGCAUUUCCUCUGCGUGAGGACAGAGGCAGAGCCCUCAGAAUCCUGUGUGGGGGUUGUCAGGACGGCUCCUGAUGAAUUAAAAAGCCGUGAGCUGGUUGUUGUGUCAGUCUCUCUGAACCUGGACCUCCUGGCCAUGCUGCUGUGUGGAAUAUCCGACUGGAGGAUGCUCUGGACCUCGGACAGGCGCUUCCUCAGGCAGUUUGCUGAGGGAGAGUUGAGACUUUUCAAGAGUUUUUCCCUCUAUCCACCCUCCUACGUGCACGAUGUCAGCUUCUGGCUUCCUGGCGGGGAGCAGUUCGAUGAAGUGGCUUUUCACAGCCUUGCCAGGAGGGUGUCAGCUGAAAUGAUCGUUUCCAUCCAGCUGAGGGACGAUUUCCAGCAGCCAGGGACAGGACGGAGGAGCCUGUGCUACAGGGUGACCUUCCAGUGCUGCGACAGGGCCUUGGGCUGCCGGGAGGCUGCGGAGAUGCAGCUGCGCCUGCGGCAGGAAAUGCAGCAGCAGCUGGGUGUGACCCUGAGGUAGAACAUCUGCAGGGGCUGCAGGGGCCACUUUGUGACCUGGGAAAUGUCACCUGCACGUGGUUGGACCUGACACUGUCACAAGGGCAGGGUGAACUCUGAGCACCUGCAGGAGUUUCAGUGUGGGAGUUCUGUUCAUGUGUGUGUGUAAUGAAAGCUCGUUCUGUGAAGUGCAGCCUUUCUUUUCUAGGGUGCUGUGAGGGUGGAUUGGAUCUCUUUACUAAUUCCUAAUUCCUGCUGUGCCCACCCUGCCCUCCCCUGCCCAGCCUGAGCUGUUCCCUCUCCUCCUGUCCCUGUUCC